CCAUGGAGAUCUCGCUGGGCCAGUGGCUUCUCAUCCUGUUCCUGGUGGUGGUCCCGCUGCUGUACGAAUGGAGCACCACCUUCAAAUACUUCUGCAAGAUGGCGUUCUACAACGGCUACAUCCUCUUCCUGGCCGUCAUCGUCAUCCCUGCCUGCGCCGUGCGCGGGCGCAACGUGGAGAAUAUGAAGAUAAUCCGUUUCAUGAUGCUGCAUGUGAAAUACCUGUACGGGAUCAAGAUUGACGUGCGGGGGACGGAGAACUUCAACAUCAAAGAGCCUUACGUGAUCGUGUCCAACCACCAGAGCUCCCUUGAUUUGCUCGGGUUGAUGGAAGUGCUGCCGGACCGGUGCGUGCCAAUCGCCAAGAAGGAGCUGAUGUACAUGGGCACCGUGGGGCUGGCUUGCUGGCUGGGGGGCAUCAUCUUUAUCAACCGCAAGAAAACUGACGACGCCAUCAGCGUCAUGUCUGAAGCUGCCCAAACCAUGCUGAGUGAGGAUGUUCGGGUCUGGGUGUUCCCAGAGGGCACUAGGAAUCACAGUGGCUCCAUGCUGCCCUUCAAACGGGGUGCCUUCCAUUUGGCUGUGCAAGCCCAGGUUCCUCUCAUCCCAGUUGUGAUCUCAUCGUAUCGGGAUUUCUACAGUAAGAAGGAAAGACGCUUCACCACAGGGCGCUGCACGGUCCAGAUCCUGCCUCCCAUGCCCACGAAGGGGCUGAGUGCUGAAGACGUGCCGGACCUGACGGAUCGGGUGCGCCAGGCCAUGCUCAUUGCCUUCGAGGGGCUCUCGGUGGAGCUGGGCGCCCCACAGUGACCCCCCGACAACACCUCUUUCCCCCAACUUCCGGCCCUAGAGAGCUACAGGGUGGGACUGGGAGCAGCUGACGCCCACGGGCAGCCAUUGAGACGGGGCCGCCGGGGCAGAAGAGGGCAGCGCUGAUCCCAACGGUGGACUCAGGACCGGCGACAGCAGAGGCAGCGACGGCAGCAGACGCGCUACAGCCAAGCAUGGAGACGAGGGCUGAUCUGCAACAAUGGGGGUGGGGCUUGACUUGGCCACGCCCACAAGGAGCCCUAUGAGCGGAGUUGAUCCCAGCCCCCGCCCGUUGCCAUCUUCAGUUUGGCACCAGAAUUCUAGCCUACUCUCUCCCCCCCCCUUCCCUACCCCCCCCCCGCCACACACCCGGAAGGUGGUACGGUCCUUUCCAAGUCUCCUCGUUGCCUUCUUCCCUGUCACGUUGAUGGCGAACUCCUCUGCUUGAGCUGCUGGACUCGACCACUCCGAUCCCCUGUUCGGGGAAGCAUAUUAUGGGCUGGCGGACAAGGACCUUGUAAACUGAGCAGGAGCGGUGGACCGGAUCUGUUCUAGCCUCUUGCAGGGCGCUGAGAAGGAGCAGUAGAGUUGGCGUGAACUUCAGGAUGUGAAAUAGAGCAAUGUGGCGGACGGUAACACACAGACACACACACACGGCCCCUUCCAGCCUGUCAUUACAGGCACAAGUUCCAGGCAGGGUGAGGACAUGGCGCUGUUGACCGAUCGCUCCAUCUUGCCUGCAGCGGCAGCAGGGGCGGAACGACCCCCUCGCUGAGGCGGACGCUGCGGACCGACGUACUCGAACCCCUGCGGAGGGCGGGGGAUCCGGGGUGUGCCUGAAGGCCUUGCUUGGACGGACGGACAGAUGGAUGGAUGGACUGGCUGUAAUAAAAUCAUGGACCGACCCACCUCCCCACAGCAGGGACUUGAUGAGAAAAGCCGAAAGAAUGUGGGCAUUUCUCGGCUCUGUUCCGUCACCUGCCGGUGAGGAGGGCACGGAAGAGCGACUACCCUGGGCAUGGAGGAGCGAGAUCAUGUGGACUCCCCCACUGCUUGCGGGGUUACGCCUUGGCCAGUUUGGUGUGGGGAGGUAGAAAGGGGGAAGGGAAACUAUGAAUCUAUGGGGUGGGAGGGCAAGAAGAGAGAAACGGGUGUGCCAGGAGACACUGUUGGCCAGACAGUCACGCCUUCUCGGGCAUACUCCCUCUCUGUUGGUAAAACACCUGAACUCCUGGAAGGAGAGGCGAAAUGGGUGCCUUAUUCCAAGGCGAACGUGAGU